AGCUACCAAAAGUGUAUUAUCUCAUCACUCUACUUUCAUUCUCACAUGAAGAUUCACAUGUAAAAUGUUCUAAAACAUACAUAAAAUUUCCAUGCAUUUUCACAUCUUAGUUCUAUAAAUAGCUCAAACUUAAUAACUUCAUUAUAAAUCAACUCAUUACAAAAAAAAACCUCUCAUUAUAAUUACCCUCCUCCAAUAUAAGCUAGCCAUGACUAUACAAGAGAGAAAGGUAGUUGAUGAGGUCUCUGGCUGGCUUAGGAUCUUUGACGAUGGUUCGGUCGACCGAACCUUUUUCGGCCCACCCGAGGCCAAGUUUAUGGUCGAUCCAGUUCCGGCCCAUGAAGACUUUGUCAAUGGGGUGGCAGUCCGUGAUGUGGAUCCCAAAAUGGGUCCUCGGGUCCGGAUAUACAUGCCGGAAACCCUGCCUGAGGAUGACCCCAAUGAGAAGCUACCUAUAGUUGCCCACUUUAUCGGUGGUGGGUUUUGUGUAAGCCAGGUCGAUUGGUUUAUGUACUAUGCUGUUUACACCCAGUUAGCAAGGAUGGGUCGGGUCAUUGUGGUCUCGGUUUAUCUCCCAUUAGCACCUGAAAACCGACUUCCUGCUGCCAUUGAUGACGGGCUUUCAGCCCUUUUAUGGCUUUCCUCAUUGGCCCGAUCUCAGGCCCACGAGUCAUGGCUCACAAAGAAGGGGGACUUUGGACGAGUUUUUCUAAUUGGGGAUAGUUCGGGUGGUAAUUUAGUGCAUGAAAUAGGGGUCCGAGCAGGGAAAACUGAUUUAAGUCCAUUAAAAUUAAGCGGGUUAAUCCCGGUUCAUCCAGGAAUAGCCCGAGCCACAAGGAGUCGAUCCGAGUUAGAAAUGCCCCAAACCCCAUUUUUAACUCUAGACAUGGUGGAUAAGCUUCUAAGCCUAGGUUUACCAAUUGGAAGCACCAAAGAUCACCCAAUAACAUGUCCAAUGGGUCCCACAGCUCCUUCACUAAGUGGGCUCCACUUACCUCCAAUUAUGUUUUGUGUAGCUGAUCAAGAUUUAUUUAUUGACACACAAAUGGAGUUUUAUGAGUCAUUAAAAGAUGCAGGGAAGAAAGUUGAACUGUUUGUGAGUAAUAAUAUGACUCAUACCUUUUACUUGAAUAAGAUGGCAGUAGAUCAUGAUCCUGAGAUUAAAGUCCAAACUGAAACACUUUUUCAAGCAAUAAUUAAUUUUAUAAGAAAACAUUGAGAAGUUAAAUAGGCAAGCAAAUAAUCAACUAUUGAUGUUUUGAUAUUCAAAUGUAUACUUAUGUUACGUAAAGGGGUUUGCUAUCUAUGUUUGGUAAGGAGUCUCUAUCGAUUAUGUUUAUUUUGCAUGUGAUGCCGUUUAUAAAAUAUAUACUAUUUUCCUUGUUAUACUUUGGUGUAAUGAAAUAUACAUGAUUAAUCUUGAGUUUUAGAUAUAAAAGCUUUUAAUAUCGAUGAAGAAAAUAAGUACCAUUAAGACAAACGUUUU